AUGGGGAUGGUUUUAGUAAAAUACCUCAAUGUUCGUUUGGUGGACACCUUACUUCUUAUGCUUAGCAAUCUUAAAUACGGAGAUUUGUCUAAAUAUGGGAUUACAAGGCCAAAACUAGGCCCUCUCUCUCUUAAGAUUGCGACCGGUAGAUCAUCAGUUAUUGAUGUUGGUACUGUAGCAAAGAUCAAAAGUGGUGAGAUUCAGGUUGUCAAAGGGCUAUCAAGCAUACAAGGCAAUGAGGUACUUUUUACCGAUGACAAGUCAUAUCAGUUCGAUGCAAUAGUUUUUGCAACCGGCUAUCAAAGCAAAGUAAAAAGUUGGUUAAAGGAUGAUUUUGGUCUCCUUGGCCAAGAUGGGUUUCCUGUAGCAAAAUUUCCAAACCAUUGGAAAGGAGAAAAUGGGCUAUACUUUGCAGGGUUUGCCAGAAGCGGAUUGGCCGGAAUCUCCAUGGAUGCAGAAAACAUUGCCGAUGAUAUAAAGAUGGCUCAUGAUUGCUGUGAAUCAGCUUAG